AUGUACAUCACCCUCUACUACAUAGUCACCCAGCUCCCUGACUCCCUUCGCUCAGUCAGGGACCACUUCCUCUCAAUUUGCCCCACCACACUCACUGUUGACCUCCUCGGGGAGCGCCUCGUGGCAGCGGAGAAGAGUAUAGUCGCUGUAGGAGCCUCUCGUGAUAACCCUCGUACCCCCUUCUUUGAGGGGUGCUCCCCCUCCCCCCUUUUGCCCUCUGUUGCCUCUGCUGCUGCGGUCGACCUCGUUGGCACCGAGUCGGUCGGCGCUCCAUCUGCCUCUAGUUCUAGACGCCGCACCGGCAAGGUCAAGGGGGGCAAGGGCGCUGGAGGAGCUGGCGGGGGCGGUGGAGGUGGCGUUGGAGGCGGCGGAGGGGGUGGGAGUGGCGGUGGGAGUGGUGGCGGGGGUGGGGGCUUCGGUGGCGGCGGUGGAGGCGGAGGCGGCGACGGUGGUGGCGGUGGAAGCGGAGGAGGUGGCGGUGGCGGCGGCGGCGGAGGUGGCGGCGGCGGCGGUGGAGCUGAGAUUCAAACAUCCACAAUGGCUGCUCUUGCCAACACUGCUGUGCUCCCGUCCACCUUCGUCGGCCAGAGCGCUGAGCUCGCCGCAAAGGUGAACAAUGUCGAGGCCCGCGUGACGAUGAGGAAGACCGCCAAGGCGGCUUCCAGCAGCGCCUUCUACGACCCCGACCGCAACCUGUUCCUGGGCCCCUUCAGCUCCCCCCCGUCGUAUCUCACCGGGGAGUACCCCCGCGACUACGGCUGGGACACCGCCGGUCUGUCCGCUGACCCCGAGACCUUCGCCAAGAACCGCAAGCUGGAGGUCAUCCUCAUGGGUGCCGUCGAGAGCUACCGCGUGGGUGGCCUCGAGGGCUUCCUAAAGGUUGAGGACACCCUGUACCCCGGCGGUGCCUUCGACCCCCUGGGCCUGGCCGACGACCCCGAUGCUCUUGCUGAGCUGAAGGUGAAGGAGCUGAAGAACGGCCACCUCGCCAUGGUGUCGAUGUUCGGCUUCUUCGUGCAGGCCAUCAUCACCGGCAAGGGCCCCCUGGAGAACCUGAGCGACCACCUGGCUGACCCCACCGUCAACAACGCUAGGCCUAUGCCACCAAUUUCACCCCCGCCGUGCGCUGCUCAUACGCUGCUCGCGGGUGCACGUGCUGCUGCGAGCCGCUGCUGCCUGCUACCGCUCGCUUCUCUUCCCACUACCGCUCGCUGCGAGGCCCAGCUCGCUGCCACUCCCGCCUGCACCUGGCUCGCGAAAAGCCGCUGCCGCCCGCUGCCGCACCCCUAG